AUGGAUGAGACUAGCCACGAUCCAGACGCAGCCGCAUCCCUGCAGCCUCCAGUCGACGAUCGACUUCUGUGCAAAAGCUCAGGGUCGUCUUUGCUUCGGAGCCUAGCCUAUUCCAAGAAGACAUGCCUCAGUCUAUUCAAUUUCUAUAUUGAAUGGAACGAAAAGAAUCAGCAUCGAAGCAUGCGUCAAGUGGUUGAGCUUACCUCGGAUCUGAUCGACAAGAAUCCAGACCAGCAGACGAAUACUGCUGUAAAGACUUCCGUUCUCGAGAGGAGUAUGUCUAUCAUCACCCAUCAAGCUUCUCAGCCUUUGGUGAAACCUGCUUUCAAGGCCUUAGAAUGUUUCUUGAGCAAAAAGACAAUUUCCACACAGGAAUUGAUUGAUGCUUACAGGCACCACCGGCGAGCCACGUCUCCUGGAAGUGCUACAGAGACCGCCGAAAUCAACGCCGUAUGGGAUUAUCUGUUCUCCGAAGUCUUCGAGUGGAUGGCUUUGGCAGACAUUUCUCCUGCCACGGGCAAAUUCCUCGUAACAGUCUUUCGAGAAUUGAGGAGCGGUUCUGAUGAGAUUUCCUCAACAAAUCUCACUGCUUCGUGGCAGCGUUGGAUCCGUGAAGGUCUCAGGAGGCAGCCUGAAGCCCUCGAAAAUGUCAAGAACUAUCUCUUCCCAUCGUUAUUCAAGCUUGAUAGACCAGGCUCUCUCAUCUUCCUAGAAGAUCUGAAUAAACAAGGUUCAGUAUGGGAUAUGAAAUAUCAGGAAUUUGACGCCCAGUCGUUACUUCAACUGGCUGCAAUCGAAAUAGGGAAAAAGAGUGGCCUAAUUGAGGAGCCAAGCACAAUUAAGUUCAACCAGAAAGCACCAAAGAAGUCCGCUGCCACUAUUGUACUUCAAGAAGAGGCAUUCUCUUCUCUACUGGUGCACGCUUCCGACACAGUUCGAUCUCUGGCAUUUUCCGUUCUCGUAUCAUCCAAUUCCUCUAUUCGACCAUUCAGUUCAAUUGCUUUGACUAUACUUCAGUCUAGUAUGAGCAUUAUGUACUGUGACAGCGAUGCGAAAUUCCGGAAUGAAGUUUUGAGCAACACGAAGCACAUGAUCGAAAGACUGAGAGGUGCGACUGCUUUCCUCGUGAGAGAGAUUGAGAGCCUUUCGUUCCAGCUUCGCCCCGAGCAUACUCUUUCACCUCAUGGUCGCCAAAUGGCUCAGCACGCCUUGGAACAGACCACUGAGCUGUUGCAGGGACAUGCUAGUUUUAUUGAGUGGUACAUAGACUUCCUUCUCGGCGAGCUGAUUCCGACUUCAUCGUAUCAGCGUCAUAUCAUUGCCUUGAAGUCCAUCUCCUUGCUCCUAAGAUCCGGAAUCUUGAAACCGAAUUCCCAAUUCCCACCGGAACGGAUUGCAGACAAUUCCACUGUGUGGCCCUGUACGAUUGACUUCUUCAACCCAAUGUCGAUGAGGUUACUUCUGGACCUACUCAUGGAUCCGUUUGAGGAUGUGAGGAGUAGUGCCUCCAACAUUCUCAAACUUGCCCUCCCUGAUGACUUCACAGGAGGUGAGCUAGUAGAGGAAUCCCAGGUGGACUUUGACACUUCCAAACCAGCAGAUUGUGGGGAGAAUUUGGCUGUUGCGGCUCAAAAUGCUUCAGUUGCGAAGCUCGUUGCGAGUUGUGAGGGAAAUUCCUCAGGCGCGGGAAAAGGCAAAUCGUUGAGACUGUUGAGAGAUUUUGUCGAGCGAGCUCAAGCUUGGUCAAAAAAGACAGGUCGCGCAGACUACGCAGACGGGGCAGGUCGAUCAACUUCGCUGCUUUUUAGCCUUCUUCCUUCCAUCAACGAAGAGACCAACUUUCUUACGCACUUGGUCGAGGAUCUAGAGACGAAGUUGUGCACUGCCGAGCAAGAUCUGGCAAAAGCGGUUCUUGACGCACCUAUUCAUGGUAACUUUGCAGCGCUGAACUUUGUUUGGGACAGCAUCAACCACAAAGAGAUUUUCUCUCUCGACUUGCUUGAGCCAUUGGCGAACAUCAGGACACACUGGGACAGCUUACAACUGCGAAUCAUACUUGCUUGCGCACGGAUCUGGGAGGUUGUGAAGGAUAUUCUGUGCAACGACUCCCCGGAGGGACACCUGCCCCAAGAUCUUGACGAGGGCGAUGUCAUAGAUACAAAGGAUCUUCUCAGCUAUAGUUUCAGAGCAGUGCACGAAUCAAGCAAUUUGUUACAAACGAUACUUGACAAGAUUCAACUUCGAUGGGAGGGAUCGUUGUCACCGCCGCCACCAGAGAUCUUCUCCAUUAUUGGAGACUUGACCUUCCUUCAACUAUCUACGCUUCGACACCGCGGAGCGUUUUCGACAGUCUCUCUUACCUUUACAAAGUGCUGCGCUCUCACCCAGUUUGAGCCGCAGACAGCUUCAUCUGCAAUAGAUAGGCUUCAGUCGUGGUACAAGGGUGCCUUACGCUGCGUUCGAGAGCAACCUUCAACUACGAGAAGAUCGGCGGGCAUACCUGCCUUGUUCACUGCUAUUAUGGCAGCUCAGGCGAAAGUUCCCUCGUUCGAGAGGGUAAUGGCGGAGCUGAUGGCCAUGGCUUGUCACGCUACUAAACCGAUAGAAGCAGAUGAAAUGAACGUUUAUCAAGUCCACGCCUUGAACUCUAUCAGAGAGGUUUUUAAGAGCACGACCGUUGGUAAAAGAUCGGAAAGACAUAUUGCUCAAGGCUUCGGUCUCGCGGUUGACAGUAUGAAAUCCCCAAAAUGGCCUAUCAGAAAUAGUGGUUUGAUCCUGCUCCGCAGCAUUGUUGAUCGACUGUUCGGAACUAGCGAUGGCAAGGCGGUUAUGGAGAGCGGCUGGGACGGGAAAUCAGUGAAGCUUCACUACGAUGGGUACGGGAACAUUGCCAACCUACUGGAUGAUCUUCUCAAGGUGGGCCCGGACAACUGUGAGAGCCUGGCGGAACCAGCUCUUGGAGUCGUUCAGCUAGUUCUCCCAGCAUUGGACAUGAUUCGGCGCGGCGGACCUCCUCCUUCUCACAAGAAAAGCAUCUUCAAGAGCAUCGCUUCCCACCUGGGUAGCCGCAUCUGGCACGUGCGAGAACAGGCGGCCAAGACAAUUUGCAUUAUGAUGCUAAACAUGGAGUGGAAGGAUAGCGUCCUGGCCCUUCUAGAAACCCCUACCAAGUCCGCUAACCUGCGCCAUGGAUUGUUGAUGGCGGCAAGAGCCAUCUUGGAGAGGCGACGGGUCCUCGACCCUAGAACUACGCUUGCUGGAGUCGCUGAUCUGAUCCCUCGACUUCAAAGACUUUCAUCCUAUGAUUCGCACAAGUUCAAGUCUCCCAUCAUCAUAAACAGUCAUAUAGAACUUUCCGUUACAAUUGCGGAAGUUCUCGUCUCAUAUGAGACGUCCAACGAGGAAGAGAGAGCACAGCUCUGUGAGAUGAAAUUCCAAUUCUGGUACAUCGAUGGAGCUUCUUAUCACCCGACUAUGCCGGAAAUCCUCCAGUGGUUUUAUCCAAACUAUCUGGAGGAUCCGACGAAAUAUACCCACUGCUACCCUUCGAUGGCACGAGUAGCAGUUUACCAGCUGGCAUUGAGGGGAAACCACCGAGCAUUGGGUGGUUUCCUCACACAUCUCGCAGAAUAUGACAUUGAUGUGCAGUGUGCAGCAUUGACUUGUAUUUCGGAAGCUUGGAAGCUUGUUGGGGAGUUUUCGGGCCUCUGCAAAGCCCAAUAUGCUCAGUUGAACUCGAAGUCCAGCGCAGUUUGCACAAUUGCUUUCAACAACCUGUCGAACAAUCUCGACAGUUCGUUCUCCCGCAUAAGCCACCUGGAAGACCAGCAAACCGUCCAGUCUCUUCUAACGAUGUUGCCCCUCUGCUCCUUCGAUUCCUUUGUGGGAAAGGCAGUGCUUGGGAAACCAGAACUCUGCCCCACCAACUCUUCCUUUAUGGAGCAGGGCCUCGUUGGGGAACAAGAGCUCUGUGCCAGAGUCAAGUUUGUGGCUUGGCUAUGUGUAGCUGCUUUUCACUCCACCAGCGAUAUAGACAUGAAAGCCUUCAAAACCAAGACUCUUGCGCUUUGGAGCCAUUGGCUCACUUGGGGAAGCGCUUCAAGCAAUUCUUAUGAAUUGCGCCUGGCCGUUGCAACUGGGCUCCAGUCAUUCUAUUGCAACUUGGACAUGACAGGAGAUAUGAAGUGGGAAUCGCUUAUUCCAUCUCUUCUCAGUUUAUAUACCUCCCUCAAUGACGACGAUGAAGAUAUUCGGACAAUCGCAGCAAAUACCGUCUCGUGCAUCCUGAAGACCGCUCUAGCCCCUCCGGCCGCGAGUGAGAGAUUUGUGUUUUGGCUCAGCGAACGUUGCAACUCGUUGCCGUUAUUCAUUUGGCACAUUUUAUAUCGGAUCACUGGAAGCCCUUCGAUAGCGCGUUACCAAAAUCUUCAACAAACUUCUCUCAUACCUGCCCGAGAGCAAUUCACCUUAGCCUUGGUGGAUGACGCUGCGCUUUUUGCAGAAGAGGAAGAUAAUCUCUAUAUCGACGAAGUCCGAGAUAUUAGUCUCUGGAGCAAGCUGGUUCAAGUCAUCCCGCCGAAAGCAUUCAUUCAGAAAGAAGUUAUUCAGGAUGGAACUAACAAGAAACUUCGCAAAUACCCGAACCUCAGUAUAAUGCUAGAAUUUGCUAUUUGGGUAGUCGAUGCGAUAGGGGUGCUCACGGCAGCUAGGUCACCAGAUGGUCCUCUCGGCUGGACUUCGAAACCAGGUACAUAUGAGAUUGUCAUCCGGGUUUUGCGUUGCGCAAACGUUCUCCUGGACUACUAUUCCGAAAACUCCGCAGAUCUGCACUCGGCACUGCCACAGGAGCAGGAGGAGUUGCACAAAAAGGUGCAGAACGUAAUCGAUGGCUUGAGGAUGUUUCGUCGCCAAGCCGCUGAACUGGAUAUUCACCCCCAACUGAUCCAGGAACUGAACCAGCAAAAAUUUCUCGACCAUCUUUCGAAGUCAGACUCUAACAAAAUUUCGCUUAACUGGAAGAACGCCUCCCCGAUCGGCCGAUGUGAUAUACCAAAAGACCAGCGACCGCCCUUUCGACAACAAUAG